UGGGGGUAAAAUGAUAAAUUUCUCACAUUCCCUUAAAAGAACCCGAAAAUGUACUAUCAUUUUUCAGUUCUGUAUUUUUUUUUUCCUCUUCCCUCUCAGGUUGAAUUCUGCCAACUCGCUUUCUUCAGGAAUCAAAAUCGAUGGGGAGCAGCAAGCAACCAGAGGUUCUAUGGGCCCAGCGUUCAGACAAAAUCUACUUAACAAUCGCUUUGCCCGACGCGAAAGACGUGUCUGUCAAGUGCGAAGUUGAUGGCCGCUUCUCUUUCUCUGCUGUUGGUGUUGAUGGCCAGCCCUUCAGUUUCACUCUCCAACUCUAUUCUAAUAUUAUCCCAGAGGGAUGUAAAACAAAGAUUGGUUUGAGAAACAUCUUAUGUUCUGUUCAGAAAGAGAAGAAAGAUUGGUGGAAAAGGCUUCUGAAGUCCGAUGGAAAGCCUGCUCCAUAUAUUAAGGUUGACUGGAACAAGUGGCGUGAUGAGGAUGAUGUGGCCUCUGAUGAUGAUGAUGAUGAUGAUGAUUUAUUGAAUACUGGUGAAGAUGAUGGGAGCAGCGAUGAUGAAGGAAUGCUCUGUAAGUUUCCAUCGUUUGUGUUUUUCCUCCUCAACAUAUGGACUCUGUAUAGAGUGAUUUUAUUAAAAUUCUAACAAAUUAACAAUGUUUACGCAAGCUGCCAUUUUGAAGCAAUCUUUUUUGUACUCCUCAUUCUCAUGCUUUGUUCAGGAUAUAUCUCUUUGUUUUCUUCUAUGAUAAUGGUGAAACAUAGUUACAAGUUUCAAUGUUCUUAAAUCUUAAGAUAAUAGAUGUAGAUUAGACAGUUUGCUUAGAAUUUAACAUUUGCUCAGAAGUGCUUGAAGUCACUUUUUUCUGCUGAAUGCUGAGCAUAGAUGUGUCAAUAUCUGGUAUAUGUUGCUAUUUUUUUAAUUCUGGGAUGUUUCACAAAUGUGCUUACGUUAUUGUAGCAAAUGUCAAUUCGUUAUUCACAUUUUGCUUAUUCUGAGGAAAGCUCUGCAUGAUUUGCAUUUAAUCAACGAUUUUCUAGUUUGUCCAAAUUAUUUCCAGGUUGGUCGAUUUGAAUUUCAGUUGCCUUUAUCAUUCUCUCAAAAUCUUUCCCUAAAGUGUAUCUCGAAGUGUCUUUAUUUCUGAAGUAACUUCGCCCCACCUUUAGAUGUUGACAUGUUUGUUAUGUUUUGGACUGUGAUUACCAUUUAUCUCAGAUCUUCCCGACUUGGAAAAGGCUAGAGCAUAGAGGAAAGUAAGAAGACUAACAUGUGAGGAGGACUACAUUGCAGCUUCUGAUUUUUUCUGCUUGGAUGCAAACAGAAGGCAGAAUUAUGGCAUUGCCAUUUUUGUCCUGUCUUGUUGUCUCUCUUUUGCGCACAUUCUGAUUUAGAAGUCCAGCCUUUUUGUCCUUUCUCUUUUCUACCUCUCAUUAAUCAAUGUUGGAUGCCACUGUAGUCUAUCCUUGUUAACCUGAAAAGCUUACACAUUGGGAAAUCAUAUUUAUAAGGAUUAGGUAUCUCUGAAGCAUCCUAAAAAAAAAAAGAAGUAUUUUAUAAGGUUUUGCUUCCAUCUGGUGGGUGGGGGUUACCGAUAGCAAAUCUGAUAUUAUGGAGGACCUCUUCUUUGGCAGAAUCCGGAUUUGAAUCACUAAUUCGCUAUUCUGCUAUCAGGGGUUGCAUACUGCAUCAUCAUUAUUAUUAAUAUAGUAUUAGAUGUUAAACCGUCCGUGUGAUAGUCAUAUUGAUAUGAAUCUUAAG